AUGGAGCCCAAAUCCGUCAACGACGGUGCAUUAAAUCGCAUUCUCACGCUUUGCGCGUUUAAGCUCGCGACUCAGAAAUAUGUCCGGCGGAUAUUCCACAGUUCGGGCGGCGUGGUAUUUGUCUCCAAGUACUGCAUCAAGUCAACGUCAGUCACCACGUUGACUGAGGCAAAUAAUAUGCAGUUCGUGUCGAGCCAUACGUCUAUCCCCGUCCCAAAGAUCCACUGCGCUUUCGAGCACGCUGGCCGGACAUACAUCGUUAUGGAGAAGAUAGCUGGCCAGUACCUGGGCCUAGGAUGGGUACAACGGCCUGAAGCUUCCAAAGCGCGCAUUCUUGAGCAACUGAGGUCCAUGAUUGCCCAACUGCGCGCUAUUCCACCGCCACAGGAUGUUGGCGUCGCAAACGUCAAUGGGGGCCCGAUGUACGACCAACGGCUGCCGAAACAGUCGAACUGGGGGCCAUUCAAAACGAUCAAGGAUUUCCACAGAGAGCUCCGGAACGGCAUUGAAGCUGAAGCUUUCCAGGAUCCUUCAUUAGCAGAGGAACUACGUGAACUGGCCUCGUUUCAUAACCAGCCUUGGCCAGCUCCCGUGUUCACACAUGGUGAUUUGAGCAGUCUCAAUAUCUUAGCACGUGGCGAUGACAUCGUUGGGAUCGUCGACUGGGAAACCGCCGCAUGGAUGCCUCCCUAUUGGGAAUACACUUCGGCAUGGCAUGUCAAUCCUCAGAACAUGUUCUGGCAGGAAGAGGUCGACAGGUUCCUGGAGCCCAUGCCUUACGAGCUGAAGAUGGAGCAGAUCCGACGGAAGUACUUUGGAGACUUUUAG